UAUUUCCAUCUUCGAGCUUAUCCCUUCAUCCCUGAUCUCCUUCAUCCCCUCCAAUCCUCAUCUGUUCCUCACAGGAGGAAGGGAGAGAGAGUUUUCACAGGUUGCCUGCAACCAGUCUGUGGGUGAAAGCGUAAGAGGAAAGAGAGAGAGAGAAGGAUAGCAGGGCUGAUUUGAGUAUUGUGGAAAAUAAAAAGCUGCUCCAAAGGGCUACUGAGGCGGAAAAGCCCAAAAAAGAAGAAGGACCACAUUUUGUGUGGAAAGGUGAGUGAUUUUUGGCCACUUUCGUUGCAAAUUCUUCUGGGCAUUUACAUGGAACUAUGUGGAACUACAUUGACUCCUCUGAUGAUUACGAACAUGGAUCCACAUAAUCAUGGAAACUAUCCCAUUACCUAUCUCAGUAUUCUCAUCCAUGAUAAGAUUUCACAGUUGAAAGAAUGGAACUUCAUCUGAUUUGCAGUACGGGCCAAUGGAUUGAAUAUGAGCGAAAUAAACUACUCAAGGGUCGGUCAAUGACAACCGUAGUAAUUGGAGUGCUCAGUGGUGCUCAUUUCCAUCGGAAAAUGAAUUCUAAUGGCAUGCAUGAAACAAGUGUGCUGUAGUCCAUGGAAAACUUGUUGACUGAUGUCUGUGCAAGUGAGAGAGAGAGAGAGGCAGAGAGAAGUAGGUAGUGACAUCAAGUGCUUUUCUUCUCAGAAUCAGUUUCCUUUAUUAGGUAACAACAGCAUGCAGAAGCAUUAUCAACUUUAUCAUGAAGGUUGCAAAACCUCCCCCAUUGAUUCCAGUAAAAGAAGAACAGCAGAAAAAAAUCACGACUGAAAGCAGCAAACUGUAGAACUUUAUUUCUCAGUUGUUUCUCGCUUGACAACAGGACUUUUGCAGGUGGAAAUGUCUUACAGAUAUUGAUUCUAUGCAUUGAAGUCUUCUUUAAUUCUGCAGCCAUGCUAAGAGAAUGGUGCACUUCUAGGGUACUUCUAUCUAGAAAAAGAGGAAUAGAGGCCAUUCUGUGCAUUUGUGCAAAUAUAUAUUCAAAGGAAAUGACCAAACAGGAAACUGAAGAAGAAGACUUUUGAAAACUCAAAUGUCUACCUGAUAGAUCCUAUCUUUGCAUAUUCUUGCACCCUCUAUCCACUCUGUCUCUCUUCCCCCCUCCCUCACUCCCCCUUUCUGAUCCAGGGGUAAAGAGCAGUCAGUAAUCGGAUGACAGAAGAUUUGACUGGAAAAGCCUCCCUUAAGUUCUGGGGCUUUAAAGCUCUCUUCCCACUAGGCACAGACAUCAUUUCAACAUCUAGUUUUGAUUUACAUUUGAUUGAGUUGUCAACUAACGUGAAUUCAACAUGAAAUCAAAAUAAUUUGAACUGUAUCAUUGGAUUUAGGUUAAAAGACACACAAAAAAGACACAAAUUCCAGAAAUUCCUUUACGUUGAUUACUUUUUGCCAAUCUAGUCAGUUUUCCACAUUGAUUCAACUUCAUCGCAUUUAUUUAUUUUUUUGGGGGGGGGAAUGUGGAAACAACGUUGAUUUAACCAGUUUGAGCCCAGUGGGUUGUGCCCACCCCUCCUCGCCCGCUGUUUCCCUGGCUCUCGUCAUACUUCAAACUACCUACUGAACACCUAUGCUUUGUUCAACACGUGAACAAUUGUUUCCGUGAAAGUAAUACCUUUAGUAGUUGGACACAUUUUUUCUAGAUUCGUUGUUAACCUUUUAAACGAAUUAGAAAGUGGUGUGUGUUGGUAAUUGGCCUCCAAAUACGAAAACGUCAGCAUCCAAUUAAGAGUAUUAGGGCCAUAGACUGCUAAGCACUAAUUAUGUCUUGAUCAAUAAUUAUUCUCUCUUAAAAGGCAUUGAAAGUCAGGGUGAGGGGUGAGAGAAGAAGGUUCAUGGUCAAUUGUGUCUUAAACUUGUUUUAAUUGUAACAAAAAAUAAAAAUAAUUGAAGUCAUGAAUAGGAAAAUAAAAGUAAUAAAGUAAAGUUGUAAAGUUGUGGUAAAAGAGUCAUUCUAAGUAAAAAAUAGCAAGUACUCUCGAAAGACAGACAACACUUCCGUAGUGACCUAUAAAAACCAAAAUGGCUUUAUGUGUUACAGAUAAGAUGGCCAGUAAUUGGCCCUAAUCUUCAGAUAGGUGAAGGUAGAGCUUGGAUAUGUCACUAAUUCUGCAUAUUAGACUUCUAGCACAGCGGAUGUGGGAUUAUACCUCGUACCAUACUCAAGAAGGCCAAGCUCUCACACCAGACUAGAUGACCAAGCACCUGAGUGAUUUAGUUUAGGAUGUCAGGGGCCAUGGGGGGUUACGGGAGCAAUGAGUCCAGUUACAGUACGUUCUCCUCAAACAGGUGGCCACUGUAUAUAUCUACUGGACAUAUCUACUGUACAUAUCUACUGUACAUAUCUACUGUAUAUAUCUACUGUACAUAUUUGAGAACAUGAAUUCUUAGUUCUAUUGAAGGUCUUCCUUAUAUUAUUGAGUUCUACAUUAUAUGAAUUUUACGAUGAGGACAGCAUUUUUGCCAAGCCCUGGUUUGUAUAAAUAUGUAUGCAAUCAAAUAACCCUUUCUCCCUAUCUUCUAGUCUACUAGUUUCUUUCUCCAGCGGUAACAGCCCCUAUCAACCGUUGCCAUGGGUGAAAUGGACACGUUGAAAAAGGAGGCCGAUGGCUUGAAGACACAGAUUGAAGUGAGUCUUCCUAGCACUGCAUGCGUUGAUUUUGGGGUCGCCAUGACAAUAGUUACCACAAGACAUACUCAUCAAGCACAUUUCUGUAACAAUAUUCAAUAUCACCCCCAGUCAAAAAAGGCCUCAUCAUCAGAUAAAUAACUAGGAAUCACAGUACCAAUAAUGCACAAUAAUUUAUGUAUGUGUUGUACCUACAGAAUUCAGAACGUAUAGCUUACAUUUAGUUUCCUCCACAUACCGAAACUGGUAUUGAGCUAAAGUUAUACUAAGACAUUUUAAGCAGUGUUUGGUUCCUGAAAAAUGUAAAUACAACAGAAGUAUGGAGAACAUUCUGCUCCAAACAAUUUAUGCUUCUUUUUCUACAACUAUUUUACUCUUCACUAAUCUUAUUCCUCUCCCAUCUGUAUCUCCCCCUCCCAUCACUAGGCAGCCCGCAAGGCGGUCAAUGACACCACCAUGGCCGCCGUAGCAUCUGGUGUGGCGGCUGCACCCCGUGUCCAGCUGAAGAACAGAAAGACGCUGAAGGGCCACUUGGCCAAAAUCUACGGCUUGCACUGGUCCGCUGAUAACAGGUGAGAAGGAGUUCUUGUCCAGAUAGCUGAGAAUCAGGAUAGCGUCAGGGACAGUCUAGCUCACCAUAGACACCCCACCACUACCACUAGCCAGUGUGAUAUAGGGACUAAUGAACAACAUAGAGAAGGUCUACUUUGCGCAAGAUAGAGAAGGUCGAUAAGAGGGGUCGUUUGAUGCACCACUCAAACCAAAUGGACUCUGACAUCGAAAAGUCCCAUUGUUUAAUGUGUCCACGAUAACAUGCAAGUGUUAUGGGGUUCAAUGAAAAGGCUUUUGAAAGGCCUUCAUUUUUUCAAAUUUUGCAUUGUCAAAGUAUUAAACCAGAUUCAUACUAGAUCUCAUGCCUAAACCCUGUUCACACAGAAUUUGAUACACUGACUGACCACUUGUUUAACUCUCUUUCUCUCUCCAACAGGCACAUGGUCAGUGCCUCACAAGAUGGCAAGCUUCUUAUUUGGGACACCUACACUGGCAACAAGGUAAGGGGUGAUCACUGAUCAGUCAUCAUUUUCACAGUUCUAACUGUUUUCUUAAUAAUGCAUAAUAUUUCUAUAGAGAGCUUUCCAUUUGGUUUACAGUGUAUGGAGUAAAUCCCUCCUUAAACCACCGAUGUGUGGAAGCAGUAUUGACUUUUGUUUCAGAUUGUCUUGACUUUGACUACACACUCUACGAAUGUAUUUAUAUGAUAAAAGUCAGCUAGCUAGGUAUCUUAAGUCUUCUACCCUUGAGACAAAGUGAACUAGAAAGUGAGUGGUUAAGCGUUCUUCUCCCUGCCCUCCAGGUAUAUGCCGUCCCCCUCAAGUCCUCCUGGGUGAUGAGUUGCUCCAUGGCCCCUUCUGGCAAUCUGGUGGCCAGCGGAGGUCUGGAUAACAUGUGCACCAUCGUCAACAUCAAGGCUGCUAGCCCAAAGACCCUCCGGGAGCUGGACGCACAUGAAGGUAGCUACCCUAGUACAUUGUUUGCUUCACCCGUGUUAUGGUCAACUCCGAUACCAACUGGGUUACGGUCAACUCCGUGACCAACUGGGUUAUGGUCAACUCAUGACCAACUGGGUUACAGUCAACUCAGUGACCAACUGGGUUAUGGUCAACUCCGUGACCAACUGGGUUAUGGUCAACUCCGUGACCAACUGGGUUAUGGUCAACUCAUGACCAACUGGGUUAUGGUCAACUCUGUGACCAACUACAAUUCAGAGAAUUCAUUAAAAUCGUGUUCAUAAUUUGGAUGUCCUAAAAAUAUGUAGGAAAUAAGUAGAAUAAAUAAUAUCUCUGUCUGUCUCCUUCCAUCUCAGGCUACCUUUCCCAUAGCCGCUUCCUGAGCGACACUGAGAUCCUCACUGCAUCCGGUGACACCACUUGUUGCCUGUGGGAUCUGGAGACUGGCAAGCAGAAGGUGAUCUACAAGAGCCACGUGGGUGACUGUAUGUGUCUGGCCGUGUCUCCAGACCAGAACAGUUUCAUCUCAGGGGCCUGUGACUCCAGCGCCAAGCUGUGGGAUGUAAGAGAUGGUGGCUGCAAGCAGACCUUCAUCGGCCACACGAGUGACAUUAACGCCAUUGCGGUGAGCACAUAAGACAGGGCCCAGAGUUUUUCCUGGUCAGAAAGACUCUGAAUUGUCUAUAUAUUGUAGUGACCUUAACCCAACAACUACCGACCUCUUCAAGGUGUUGGGUUGCAGUCACAAGAUUCUGGGUCAAGCUCCGGUUGAGACUACCCCCCGACUACAAUAUAAGCAAAACAGGAGCAGUGUGAUCCAAAAUCGAAACAUAGUUUAGCAUCACAACACCAAAUCUUUCCAAGGAGUCUGUACUCUGCAACUCAGUCCAAUCACCAGGCAACUAAUCUUCAAGCUCAAUAAAUGUCAAAACAAAACAAUACAUACUCUCCUCUUCUUUUUGUCAUACCCCAGUUCUUCCCUAGUGGCACUGCAGUUAUCACAGGAUCCGAUGACUGCACCCUCAAGAUGUAUGACCUCCGUGCCGACCAGGAGGUCAAUGGCUACCAGGACGCUGCAUUGAAUGCUGGCGUCACGUCAGUCUCCCUCUCCAGCUCUGGACGCCUCAUCUUCGCCGGCUAUGACAACUUCAACUGCAACAUCUGGGAUUCCCUGAAGGCAGAGAAAGUCGGUGAGUAAAAGUGUGAGAGAAAAGAGUGAGAGAGAGAGGAGGGGACUGAGGGGAUGGGGGGAAAAGAGAGUAGAGGCAGAGAGAAACAAAGACAGAACAGUAUAUGUAAAGAAAGGGAGGCAGACCAGGUGAUAGAUGGCAGAAGUAGGUGGUUGAAACAGAGGCAAUAAAAGGGAGAAAGCGUAACGUUUUUAAAAAGUCUGGAUGAGAGGUUUGUGGAGGCAGUCAAUUAAAGAAACACGGGUGAAAAGGGAAAAUAAACUAGAACUGCAUCAUUUGCAUCAGUGUGUAUGACUUCUUCUCUCAUCCCUUUCUCUCUAUCUCUCUCUCGCUCUCUCUCUCUCUCUCUCAGGUGUUCUGUCUGGCCAUGACAACAGAGUGAGCUGCAUUGGGGUGCCAGAUGAUGGAUUGGGUAUCUGCACAGGAUCCUGGGAUAGCUUCCUGAAGAUCUGGAACUGAGCUGGUGCUCCAGAGGCGACAUUCGGAGAGGGGGAGUCAGGG